GGGUUUUGCUUGCGGUGUCAACCGAUCGUCAACAUCGCUCCAGCCCAGGCAGAGCCAGGCGGACGAGGCAGAGGCACACGGAAGCAGGCGCAAGCGGACAGAGCGCUUCAACACUCGGCAGACGCAGUCGGCAGUCUCUCUGAAACUCGACAGCCAAUCCCCACAGUCCCUCUGCGACUCGACAACUGUUCCCGCAGCCGCUCUCGCAGACACCAAACAGAUGGAUGCUCCCGAGGCCUUUCCUCUGCACGGACCUGGCCACACCGAAGCCGUCUUCAACCGCACUGGAGAUCGCCUGAUCAGCUGUGGUCAGGGGCGUGUGGCUAUCCACAGCUAUCCCGACUUGGGCGGCGACCCACUCAAAGUCACCUUUGACAAAUCCUCGCCAUCAUGUCUGGCCGUGCAUCACGGCAAGAUUGUCGUUGGCAUGACAGAUGGUCACGUCGGCCUCUACAAUGCCGCCACAUUGAAGCUCGUGCGGCCGCUCGCAAGACUUGCUCUGGCCGUCACCUGUCUGGAUUUCCAUCCAAGCGGAGACUUGAUGGCUGUGGGUGCCGAGGACGGAGAGAUCCGUUUGAUCAACACCGACAACAUCAAAGACGUGAAAGUCUUGAGCGGACAUGCGCCCAUCGUUCGAUCUGUCGCAUUCAAUCCGAAAGGCACUGUAUUGGCCUCCUCAAGUUCCGACGGAUCUAUCCGAAUCUGGAACGUGUCUGAUGGAUCAUGCAUGCGAACCAUCGCAAACGCCAUCGCCAAGACCCCGGCCGAAUCGCAUAUUCUCUCGCGGAUAGCUUGGAAGCCAGACGGAUCUCUCUUUGCCAUCCCAGGAAAGGACGGAGAUAUUCUCAUGUUCCAGACGGAUUCGUGGAUCCAGGCCACACCCAUCUCGCACAACCACGACCUGCCUUUCAUCGUCGUUGCUUGGUCCGGAAGCGGCGAAUAUCUUGCAGCGGCCGCUUUGGACGGCUAUGUCGGCGUUUGGCGAGCCAAACAAUCAAAACCGCAGCUUGUCAGCUCCCAAACGCUCAAGCAUCGAGUGACCAGCCUUGCUUGGAAUCCCUCACAAAACGCACUGGGCAUGGCCACAUGCAACGGAUAUGUACAUUUGUGGUCAGAGGUGAUUCCAGCUGGUCACCCUGAGCCCUUUGCAAAUGGCGCUGGGGUUUCGACCCAGAGCGAGGACUUCCUCGACCCGAGCGAUCGCAGUGACCUCGUUGCCGAUAAAGGCAUCCGCGAUCAAGGCGAUAUUGAACUGGAGGAGCAACUCUUUGGUAGCGACUUUGACGAAGACGAGCCGGCGGAGGAUGACGAUAAUUUUGUCGUUGAUGACGAUGGCGCUGGAUACGUGCAUCGGCUCGAGACUUCCAAAGACAUGCGCCGCUACUACGACAGCGAGCGAACUAGGAUCGACCGACAGGUCGGCGGACGACGGCAAUAUGGCUUGGAAAUCCAAGCUCCCUUCCAGCCGAGCUCAACCACGCUCAAGGGCGAUCGCAAAUAUCUCGCGGUCGAUCUCUCCGGUGUCAUCUAUGCGAUCCAGGACAAGAAGAUGGAUCAAAUGAUCCAUCUGGAGUUUUUCGACAAGAGCCGGCGCUCUGUCCACUUUUCCGACGAUCGCAAUUUUAGCAUGGCCGUGCUGGGUACCUCUGGUGCGGCUUUCGCUUCUGAAACAAGCGGCAGCUACCGUAGCACACUGAUGUUCAAGUCGUAUGACACCUGGGGCGGCAACUCUCUGGACUGGAAAAUCGAGCUCCCUGCAAAGGAAAACAUCAAAGCCUUGGCCAUGACAGCAAGCUCCAUCACGGUGUUCACGGAUCAGUACUAUCUGCGCCACUUUUCUCACUCGGGGCUGCAAUUGGGCAUCCAGUCACUCAAGAGUCCUGUUGUCGCCAUGAGUGGCUGGGGAAAUGUCCUCGUCAUUGCCCGUCAUGAGGGCGGGACCUACCACGGCGAGCAAAAUCUCGGCUAUCUCAUCAUCAGCGCCUCAAGUCUCAGAAUCCUCCAGAUUGGCGAGCUGCCCAUUAGCCCCAAUGCGACACUGCAGUGGAUUGGCUUCUCAGAGCUGGGUAUGCCAGCGACUUACGACUCGCAAGGCAUUAUGCGAAUCUUGGAGCGCCACAAAAGUCGUGCCUGGGUGCCUGUCUUUGAUGCACAGGCGGUCAUGAACGGCCGCGCAGAGUCCUACUUUGCAGUCGGUGUCACGGAGACGCAGUUCAUCUGUGUUGUUCUGAAGGGUAAGGAGAAGCACCCCAGCUUCCCUCGACCAACCCUGACUGAGUUCCCGAUCCAGAUACAGUUCAUUGCUGCUGAUUCGAGCGACACACAACUGGAGGAGAGGCUGUUUCGGUCCUCGCUGCUCUCCAGCCAUGCCGAGGGCGAGAGUCACGAGAGCGGGACUUUUGAAGAGAAAGAGGCCGAGCUCGUUCGGAAAGAAGCCGACAUGGACAAGAUUCUGAUUCAGCUCAUGCAGGGAGCAUGCACGACCGAUCCACCCAACACCAACAAGUUCCUUGAGUUGUGCUCGCGACUUCAUUUGCUCAAAGCGUAUGAUGCUGCGGCACAGCUGGCGCUCUAUCAUCAGCUCCACUCGCUUUCUGAGCGAGUCGCUGUGCUCAAGGAGAGAAAAUACAGAGAAACACUCCGGCGCGAACAACAGUCGGCGCCCGGAUUCCCGAGCCGCGCACCGGUGAGCUCGCCGGAAAGCGCCGCCCAUAUCAUCCGACCGGCCGAGAAACAGCCCCCGUCUACACCCAAAAGUCCGAAUCUACUUCGUCAAAACAUCGAUGCCAUCCGUGCACGCAAGCAACGCGAAAGUCAAACACCGACGUCGUCUGUGAAUCGAAUUGCUCCGCCGCCUCAGCACGCAGACGCAGACGCAAACGCAGACGUAGACGCAGACGACUACAAUGAUAACGAUGAUACCGUGAUGGACGUCGAGAAGGAGAACUAUGGUCUCGACCAGGACGACGGCUUCGCGCCCCCGGCUUCGCGCCCAUCUUCAGGAAGCAGCAAUGCCCUUCUGCAGUCGCCGACCCCAAAGUCAUCAAAGAACCCAUUUGCCCUGUCCAGUCGGCUGCAGGCUUCCUCUCCGGUCGCCAAGACCGCUGUCAAGGGACCUGUGCCAGCAAUCUGGGAGAGUUUCCAGGGCAAGUCUCCCAAACCGGCUGCUGCCCGCAGGGAGAAUGAGCACUCGGCCAAAAAGAAGCGCAGUCAGCCCAGUAUAUCGGGCGUCUUUCGCAAGACGGAGGAUGAGCCACUUGACAAGCGUCCAAGGGUUCAAGAUGACAUUGAGGAAGACGCGAUCGAGGCGGCCGAUGUAAGCCUAGCGACUGUGUCGCUCACCCGCAGCAAGUUGCAGUUGGAAUGAACAUCCUCAAUGGCUUGGUGCACAGUCGCUCACGGCUGACCCUGCUGAUGGAUACGGUUCUCACAGCCUGCUUCGGAGCAGACAACGAACACUGUCAGCUCAAGAAGACGCCUUAUUCAAGACAGCGACGACGACGAGGCCGACGAUGAUGCGCCUGUCGUCAAGCGAGACAAGGGCAAGGGACGGGCGGUUCAAGAGAGCCCGCCCAAGCUCAGGGGCCUGGGCCGACUGGAUGACUUCAUGUUCAGCCGCAACUGAGCAUGUCUUUUGCGGUGUGAGGGAGGGGGGUGGGCUGUGCUCGCAGAACAUGCACGGGCUUUGGGAUACAAACACAUAUGUCAUUCCUACAUCUACAACCAAAGCCACAGCUACAACCACGCAGACGUGGCGGAUGUGUUUCCGCUUGUUUCUUCAAGAUCUUGUGUGGGGAUGGGUUGGCCGGGCGAUCAGUCACGAGAGAACUUACCAUGUCAUAACUGCCUCUCUCAGGUGAAC